AAAUUAAAAUCAUGGAAACAUCAUCAAACGAGGUUAAAAGUGUGGACCCUCUCCACGUAGUCGUUUAACCUUUGAAUCCUGCAACGGCCAUCUACAACACUCGUUAUAUAUAACAUUUCAAAUCCUUCACUUUCUUCAAGACUCCAUAGACUUCCUCUAAGCUCAGAAGAUCCUUUUCCUUCCCAAAUCUCCUCCUUUCCUUCUUAAACUUCAUUCUCUUCACCCUCUCUGCAUCCUCCAUUGCUCCCAUUAUCGUCCUUAAAUGGCCACCGACUUCACUCGGUUUUGCUUUCCUCAUGGUCUCCUCCAUCUCCCUCCUCUCCUCUUUUGUAGGUUUAUACUCUCAGUUAGCACGCUUCUGCUUCAUAACCCACAUUUCACUUCCCGUUGCCUCAUACUGUCUUUGUUCACCCAAGAUAAAUCGAGCAUAUCGAUGCUGAAAACCCCUUUGGAUGUUAAAGAAGCGAAGCCGUUGGUGAGAGUGGAGUGUGGGGUUUUAAUGGCGAUGUUGGUGAUGCAGUUGCUGGUCUUGGCGCUGUCCUGCGCGGUGCAUCAUUGUUGGGUGAGGGAAUAUGAAGGAUUAGAAGCCGAGAGAGAGUCGACCGCAAAGAAACAGAGCAGGAGGUUGCAGAGAGUGCAAGAGGAAUCGAUGGCAAACGCGGCGAGGAUUGCCGAGUUUAAAGCUAAGGAGUUUGAUGAGAAGAUGAAGAGCAAGUAUUGCCAGGGGUGAAAACUGAUUUUGAGGGCUGA